CUGUUUUGUAGAAAUGCUCGUCACAGUUCUUGAUAAGAGUCAGAAGUCAGGCUGCUAUAUUAAUGUUAGUUCGUCGCCGUCAUGAGCAACUCGCGGACAAAAGAACCGACAUGCUUGCCCGAGGAUACCUUCGCCGUAUUGGUGCAUAAACUCUACCAAGACCGAGUACGAGACUUUGUACUGAACAGACCUGUGAAUAUGCCGGAUUGGCAGACAGCGUUCAGUUGCAGCAACCCAUCCAUCGGAACGAAGCGGAAGCUUACAUUAAACGCGGACGAGGAGCAACAAGAUACGAGACCCCCGAAAGGCGGAAGAGAGACCCAACCCGAAAGUAAUAGAUGUGUACUAUUGGACACCACUGAAUUGACCGGUGUGAGUCGAGCCCGACGUGGAUACGUACUUUUGCUACUUCAGCAGACGGUCCGACCCUGCACGCAAUUACCUCCCAUGGCGCGACAAAAUGUGUCCUGGGUCGCACGUAUUUCUCACCAGAUGAAGAUUAACGAUAUGACGACAAGUGAUGUCAUGGGGCAACAUCUUUGGACGACACUGUCCGAAAAUGGGUUUGGCAGUUUUCCCCAGCAGGGCGAUCAAGACAAUCAACAAUUACAACAAGCUUUACGCAUUGAUGUUCACCCCCGCGAGUAUCUGGAGCCUCUUUGUCUCCAAUUGCAGGAAGCAUGUGCCACUUGCGAAAAUUCUAACUCACACCGAUCAUCGUCGGUUUCCGUGGAAGGGCCGUUUGACGGACCCGUAGCUAUGACUAUGUCGGCAUCCAAGUGUUCACAUCGCCUAUAUGUGAUUUUUCUGAAAGAGCCAGAGCAAUCUUCGGCGAGCUUUCAAGUGUACUGGGGAUUGGAAAGUCGCGACAAGCACAAAGCGAGCAUGAUGAUUCGUUUGAACCAGGAGGCCUCCAGGGAGCUGGAAGUGCGCAUUUGCAAUCACAAGACAGGCGCCGAGCAGAAGCAAUCUCGCUCGGGCCCCGUUGUUACGGAUGACGCGCCACUAUCCCGGGCUUACUACAAGCUGGAGCAAGUCUGGCACGACUACUUAUCGUCCGAGCGCGAGCGGCUGUGUUUGGAUCAAGGAGCCGGACUGGACUUGGGCGCGUCGCCUGGUGGAUGGACGCAGGUAUUGGUGCAUCUGGCGCAAUUACCAAAGGUAGUGGCCGUAGACCCCGCCGCCCUGGCCGACCGUGUUCGAAAAUUGUCGCACGUGACCCACUUGGCCACGACCUUGGAAAACGCCAACCUACAAGCGCAUGGUCCGUACAGUAUGGUCGUGUGUGAUGCGUCCGAAUUAUACAUGGAACUCUUUCGGAAAAUGAAAACGUUGACUGGGAAACCGCCUUGUUGGACCUUGCCCAGCGUAUGGGUCGUGACCAUGAAGCUACCCUUUAAGAGUAUUGGUAGUGUACAGCGGCACGUAAACAUCAUUGAAGAAUCCGCGGGCUCGCACUUACAUGAAAUGGCCCUGGCUAUGUUUCCCAAGGAAAAUAUUAGGAUCGCCUACCGUGUCAUUCACGCCAUGGCCAAUUCCGAUAGCGAGCGGACGCUCAUCGCUGUCUUUGAGAAGGCCUAA